AAUUUCUAAACUGGCAUUUAUUAAACCUUAAGAAAAAACUAAAAAAAAUCAUUUAUCUGUUGAAAAUAUAAAGAAAAAGAACAGUAUUAAAGAUUUAUCUAUUCAAGAAAUUCUGAAACUGAAAAUGUCUGAAGAAGUUAAAGUGCAAACUGAAAAUGGUGACAAAAAGGAGGAAGUUGUUACUGACAAGCAAGAAGAGUCGAACGAGGAGGCAAAACAAGAAUUAAAUAACUUGACUAAACUCGAGCAAGACAUUAUCCGACAAAUUGAAUAUUAUUUUAGUGAAAACAAUUUACGACGUGACAAAUUUAUGAUUCAGAAGAUAUCUGAAAAUGAAGGAUGGAUUGACAUUAGCACAUUGUUGACUUUCAAUCGUUUGAAAGCUAUAACAGAAGAUGCCAAAGCUAUUGCCGAUGCCAUGGACAAAUCUCCAAAUGGAACCGUUCAAGUAAGUGAAGACAGAGAAAAACUUCGACGCCAUCCUGAAAAUCCAUUACCAGAAUUCAAUGAAACUCGUCGCAAAGAAGUUCAAUCUCGCACAGCAUAUGCUAAAGGUUUUCCUCUCGACUCAACACUUUCCCAGCUCAUCGAUUACUUUAACAACAACUUUGAGAAUGUUGAACAGGUCAUCAUGAGAAAGUAUUUUUGUUCGAAAGAGAAGAAGCAUUUUUUCAAAGGAUCAGUUUUUGUGACAUUCAGCAAACGUGAAUAUGCUGAGGAAUUCGUAAACAAACCAGAAUUGAAGUAUAAAGAAAAGAAUUUACUUCGUUACACACAAUCAAAAUAUAUCGAAAUCAAGAAACAGGAACGUGAAGAAUUUGGAAAGAAGAAAAAGGCUAAGAAAGAUGAAGCAGAGUUGGCUGAACUGAAAGAGCAAUUUGCAUUACCAAAAGCUGCUGUCGUUCAUUUCACAGGAGCUGAAGGAGACAUGUCUAGAGAAGAUAUUAAAUCUAGAAUUGGUGAAAUUGAUUCAUCAUUGGAGGUCGCUUUUAUCCACUUCCAGAAAGGUGAUAAGGAAGGUGACUUAAGAUUCAAUAAGGAAAACGCUGGAAGUCAAUUAUUGGAAAAACUUGAUGACGGAAAGAUGAAAGUCAACGAAACCGAGCUCAAAUUCACACUCGUCGAAGGAGAAGAUGAAGAAAAGUUCCUGGAAAAAGCCAUUUCUGACAUGAAACAACGUCGAUCAAACUUCCAGAAAGGAAAAGGCAAAAACAACUUUGGUCGUAAGCGUAAACAUGAUGGACGAAAUGAAGGCAAUGGAAAACGAGUUAAAACAUAA